AAGGUCGUCCGCCGGCCGACGCGUCCUCCGGUCUCCUCCGGCAGCAUCAUGGCGGAGCCGAGCGGCUCUCCCGUGCACGUCCAGCAGCCCCAGCAGGCGGCCCCGGUGACAGCGGCGGCCGCGACAGCAGCGCCGGCCCCGGCGGCGCCCGCGGCCCCGGUCCCGGCCCCGGCGGCGCAGGCCGUCGGCUGGCCCAUCUGCAGGGACGCGUACGAGCUGCAGGAGGUUAUCGGGAGUGGAGCUACUGCUGUGGUUCAGGCUGCUCUGUGCAAGCCAAGGCAAGAACGAGUAGCAAUAAAGCGGAUCAACUUGGAAAAAUGCCAGACCAGUAUGGAUGAACUAUUAAAAGAAAUUCAAGCCAUGAGUCAGUGCAGCCACCCCAACGUAGUGACCUAUUAUACCUCUUUUGUGGUGAAAGACGAACUUUGGCUGGUUAUGAAAUUGCUCAGUGGAGGUUCAAUGUUGGAUAUCAUAAAAUACAUUGUCAACAGAGGAGAACACAAAAAUGGAGUUCUGGAAGAGGCAAUAAUAGCAACAAUUCUUAAAGAAGUUUUGGAAGGCUUAGACUAUCUACACAGAAAUGGUCAGAUUCACAGGGAUUUGAAAGCUGGAAAUAUUCUUUUGGGUGAGGAUGGUUCGGUACAAAUAGCAGAUUUUGGGGUAAGUGCAUUCUUAGCAACAGGAGGUGAUGUUACCAGGAAUAAAGUAAGAAAAACUUUCGUUGGUACCCCAUGUUGGAUGGCCCCUGAAGUCAUGGAACAGGUGAGAGGCUAUGACUUCAAGGCUGACAUGUGGAGUUUCGGAAUAACAGCUAUUGAAUUAGCAACGGGAGCAGCGCCUUAUCACAAAUAUCCUCCUAUGAAAGUAUUAAUGUUGACUUUGCAAAAUGACCCACCCACUUUAGAAACAGGAGUAGAGGAUAAGGAAAUGAUGAAAAAGUAUGGCAAGUCCUUUAGAAAAUUACUUUCACUGUGUCUUCAGAAAGAUCCUUCCAAAAGGCCCACAGCAGCAGAACUUUUAAAAUGCAAAUUCUUCCAGAAAGCCAAGAACAGAGAGUACCUGAUUGAAAAGCUGCUUACAAGAACACCAGACAUAGCCCAAAGAGCCAAAAAGGUCAGAAGAGUCCCCGGGUCAAGCGGUCACCUUCAUAAAACCGAAGACGGUGACUGGGAGUGGAGUGACGACGAGAUGGAUGAAAAGAGUGAAGAAGGGAAAGCAGCUUUUUCUCAAGAAAAGUCACGAAGAGUAAAAGAAGAAAAUCCAGAGAUCGCAGUGAAUGCCAGCAGUAUACCCGAGCAAAUACAGUCCCUUUCUGUGCAGGACUCUCAGGGCCAACCCAAUGCUAGCGAAGACUAUAGAGAAGCUUCUUGCGUUGUGAACCUCGUUUUAAGAUUAAGAAAUUCCAGAAAGGAACUGAAUGACAUACGAUUUGAGUUUACUCCAGGAAGAGAUACGGCAGAUGGCGUUUCUCAGGAGCUCUUCUCUGCUGGCUUGGUUGAUGGUCAUGAUGUAGUUAUAGACAAGUCCUGCUAUAUAAUUUUGGGAGCCCAGUGUGAAAUGAAAAUGCAUAUCCUCUUGUUAAAAAAUUACGAAGAAUUUCGAGAUGGUGACAACAGAACAUUGAACCAGGCAGGAGCCCUGUGUGCCUGCCCAGGCCACACUGCCAUGAAGGCAGCCCUGCCUACAUUAUGGACAAGGGGGCUGGGGAGAAGAGUUUCAGAGUAUUAUCCCGUGGUACUUACCCACUUACUCUCGUUCUAUAUUUAAAUAGUUGAUUUUGUAACAUGAAUGACUUCUUCUAACAUCGUUUUCUUUAUUUGGAUCCAUGUGUACGUUUUUGUAACUCUCUGGUCUUUUAUUGGCCUUUCCUAUAUGAGGUCUUCUUCACAUUUCCUAAGAAUAUUUUCAUUCAAAUCGUGGAGACAUUUUUGGUGCCCACAAGGUCAGGUACUGAGUUGCUGUCACUAUACUGGAGAUUUCUCUCCAGGGAGGCCUAAAACCAGCUCUCUUUCUGGCAAAACUUUAAAGUUUAAGUUUAUUAAAGUUCUAUUGUAGUGAUCCUUAAAGACCAACAGUGUAUGAUAUUUGAGACCGUGGUUUUAUUUUGCUCGAAACAAUGAAAAUGCAUGCAACUUUUCAGUAAUGUCUUAGAUAGUGGGGUAUACUCACUUGACAUUCACCUAAACUCUUCACUGGUUGGUGUAAUACUAUAUUCCAGAACAGCAAAUAAAAGUGGUUGGGUCAAACACGGAAAGUUACCCUUUGAAGAGAUGCCAAAGGAAAGUCUCUUAAAGUUGUAAAAAUGUCCAUUUGUUUUUAGCCUAUUAACAUUUAUGUCCCAGUAGAAUAUGUCAUUCCUAGCAGAUGAUGAUGUUUUAAGAAGAUGGUAAGAAGAUGAGAGAAUCUCUUCUUCUAGGUCUAUAUGUUUUUUGCAUGAGUAUAGUGCAUACCAGAAAACCAUAAAAAACCAGAAAACCAUAAUGGGUAAAAAUUGACCCAAAAUAUUUUGCAGGAUUUUAAUGAUUCUUCAGAAGAAAAUGCAUUUUCAUUUAGAAUAGCUUAAGCUAUAAGUAAAGAGCAUGGGUGAUGCAAAUGAUUAAACACUCAGCUACUGACCAAAAAUUUGGCAGUUCUCAUCCACCCAGAGGUCCCUCAAGAUAACAGGCAAAAAGGUAACAGCAACUGGAGACCCUGUGGAACACAUUUCUACUAUGAAACAUAUGGGGUUGCCAUGAGUCAGAAUCUGCUAAAUGGCACCUGGAUAGUAAAGACCAAGAAAAUUUCUCUCUUAGCCACAACAAGCCUCUCCUCCUCUGUUGGUGGUCCAAGUUGGCUUCCUGCCCAUCCCUAAACAGGCCAAUUGGUGGUGGAGGUUGAGGUCCCCAUGAGUAGGUUGUGGGCCAUCACUACCCACGAUAUCCACCUCAGGCCCCAUAAUAGUCUUGUUAAAUAGCCUUAGCGCUUCCUUUUAAAUUAUCGUACACAAACUGCUCCUUCUAGGUAUAGACGAUUUACCUGUUCUUUAGGAAAUUUAUUACGUUGCUGUUAGGUUGUGUCGUGGCAGAUAGAUCUUUCAAAUGGCUAUAGAGAUGCACAAUUUGCAGCACAUUUUCAAAAGCAGGGAGUAUUAAAGAGGAGGAGAACCUCCUUCUUCCUUCCUCAGUGUUCAUAUUGGUGUUAUUGGUGUUUAUAUUUCCUUGCUGAGUGUCUCAUACUUGACAGGAAAGCAAAAUCCAGUUUGUUUAUGCAUUUUUAUUUGGAUUUUGCACGCUCUCUAGGUUUCCUUUUAAUAGAUAGACUCUCUUUUCUAGUUGGUGUACCCAUGACACUUCAUUGCUGAUUAUGUUGUUUUGGUUCCAUUUUCUUAACUACAUUCAGUAUGCAGAAUCAUUCAUACCAUAAUGAUAUAUUACAGGCUUUUCCCUGACUUUAAGGCAUGACUUCUUUUGUUAGAAUAUGUUAAAAAACGUAAGUCACAAACUGUGAAAAACUGAUUUUUGAAAUUACUUCAGCCCACAUUUUCUAUCUCAAAUCUUAAUUUAAUCAUAGUUCUUGAAGAAGCAAACCUAGGCAGACUUAAUGGAGUCCUCUAUACCUGUGGAGUCCUUUUCCUCUUUUGGCAUGCCGAAAUUGAAAUCUUGUUGAGCUUCACGUUUUUGCCUCAAAGCCUCCCAACCACAUUUUAGCCAAUAAUCCAACUCACAUCCUUUUUCUGCUCUAACUUCAGUUGUUCAUACACUGCAGAGGUUACAACUUUGUGGCUCAAGACCUGGGCCUUGCCAGUAAAUGUAUUUUGUUUGGUCUGGAAAUGUAUUUAAAUGUCUUAAAUUACUUGCCGACAUUUAAAAAUUGGGAGAAUUCACAUUAGCAUCCAGUUCUGAUGUGUCUUAGAAAAUCCAGAAGAUCUUAAAACACCGGGCCUGAAAGCCUAUGUUGCAAAAGUCCCUGUACCCACUUCCUCUCUGAACAAUUUACUUUAUCUCCCUGGCCCCUGACCCUGUAGGGUCUAUUAGUGUUAACUGAGGCCCCCCAGUUUUCUUCCUACAUACACAGCACAUCGUUCCCACACAGCUAUAUAAGGCUAGAUUAAGGUUAUUUUUCUAUGCAAAAAACAAGUGUGAUUGUUCAUUCGUUGAUCAGCCUUAGAUAUAAAUCUCUGCAGCUUUUUUUUAGGAGUCUCUUCUCCCUUAUAAUGCUUUGGAAAUCAUCCGCUUCCUUAGAGAAGAGCUUGGAGUAGAAUUUAAUGUGGACCUAAUUGUCCAGUUUUGGAAAAGGUUUAAUAAUGGGUUUAGAAACAUAAAGUCCUAAAUUGUUUCCCAUAAGGGGAUUAGGGGAGUUAGGCGUGUCCACAAGCAUUGACUGGAGCUAAGGAAGUACACAGUUCUCUUGGUCAGUCAUAGCUUGGAUGUCUGCAGGAAUGCUCCUUCUAAGAACACUCACCGUGAAGGUCAUUUCUGCCAGUAUUCAGCACAGGGCAACAUUUCAUUCUAUUAUACAUAAGGUAAUAUGAGUCAGGGCUGAGGUAGUGGCAGCUAUCAAAAAGUAUGAAUUCCAUGGUCAUUUAUUAGUACUUUAUUGAUAAUGCUCAUUAGUGCUAAACUCGAUCACCAUAUACUCCACUCCUAAAAUUUAAAACUGCAGUAUUAAUAUACGUCUCAUAUUCAUAUCACUAAAACAAUAGCAGUAAUACAUGGUAUUCUUGCUCAAAGAUGAUUAGAGUAUCAUCCUAAUACCCCAUUAUUGCUCUUCAGCAUUAUCAUUUUGACUUAACUAUAUUACCUCUGUCUACCCCCUACCAAACAGACUCAUUUUAAAACUCUGACUUCUAUCUCUUUACAUUUCUGUUCAGGCGGACUACCAUCCCUUGUGUUACCAUCCACUCCUCUUCCAAAUGCCAGGGUGCUGCCCUGGGCUGAAUAUCCCUACCGUAAAUGACAAUCACAGCCCAGGCACGAAACUUAAAGUAAGGUUCUAUCCUUAGCUUAGUUUAUCUAUCCUGAUUAAGAUGUUUAUCUUGACAAUUCCCAUUAUUGGGCAAGUGUGUAAGUUGGAAGAGAUACUUCUGUUUCCUUAGUAGUGACUUUGUUGGCCAUUUUGACAUUUUUAUGAUUAAUAGGGUUUAAUAGACUAGCGCAGUAGUUAAGAGUUCAGCUGCUAACCAAAAGUUAGGCACUUUGAAACCACUAGCCAUUCUUUGGAAACCGUAUGGGGCAGUUCUGCUCUGUCCUAUAGGGUCGCUAUGAGUUGGAAUCAACUUGGCAGCAAUGAGGUUUUUUUAUAGACUAGCAAGUUUUAAAAGCGUUUAUAACAUCUACUAAACGUAUUCACCUACCAAACAUUUGUUACCUUGCCUAACUAGGUAACCUGGGCCAUCCUUAAAAUUGAAACUAGUCACUCUGUACCAUUUUACCAUGACAUCCCAUUGUGGUCCAGAUUCCUAAUAGGUCACUGCCAAUUUCGACUCUAUUUGAGCAUUGUGGCUAGUAAUGCCUGUUAAAAUGUAAUUCCUGGAAAAUAUUGGUCAUUCAGUAGCUUUUUUGAGAGAUUUCACUUAUCACUGGACUAAGCUUCUUGCAUGCAGGAGUUUUUGUCUGCAUUGUUGACUGAUGUGGCCCUAGAAAGCUGGAAUGGUGACCAGCACUUAGUAGGCUUCUGAUAAGUACUUGUUGAGUGGAUGAAUUACGGGGUUGACUUAAAACACACCAUUAUGCAUGUUGUAAAAAUAUAUGGGGCUCUUUUUGGUAUCACGCUUUACUGAUCCUAAUCAAAUCACUGGCCUGUAUUAGCAGCAAAAGUUGGGGUCUGCUUUUGCACUGUUCAUUUCAAAUUUAUAGAUUAAGCUGGAAUGGGCAUUCCAGAGGUUUCUGUCUUCCAGAAUUAUGUCUCGGAAACCAGAGCUGGAAGUGCAAUCGUUUUUUACUACAUUACACAGGCAAAAAUGAAUUCAUCAUUUUUAUCUCACCGUUUCUCAUUAAAAGCCUAAUGCCAAUAUCUCAUCCAGAGCAGUGCCAAAUUUCAGCUUCUGCUAAACUAAGACUUGGAUGUAUGUUUGAACAGCACAUUGUGGGCCUAUGGCAGAUUAACUCUUUGGAAAUGGAAAAUAUAUAUGUUUGACUGACCUUCAGCCAGCCAGAAAUAAAUCCUCUGCAUAAUCUUGCCAAAAUGUCAUUUGGUUGUGAACAGGGCCCCUCAUUUGUCUUACAGUUGCCCGCAUGUUAAGUGCCAGGCCACUGCAGUCUUUUCUGCUGCUCUUUUGUUCAUUGAUAAGGUGGAUUAGUGAAGAAAUAUAAUUAUAAUCCUUUGCUUUAUCAUGAACUGUAUUCCCCCUUUAUUGAAAUGUCUGUUGGGCGAGAAAUUUUUUAAGUUUAUUUUCUAAUGAGACUUGGUUAGCUUUUAAUCAUGUUUCUAAUUUGUUAUUGUGUUUUCAACCUAUUGGUUCUUUCCAUUUAGCCCUUGUAUCAUGUCUCAUGGAGUCCCUAGGGAGUGCAAACAGUUGGCUGACAACCAAAAGAUUAGCUCUUUGAGUCCACCCCAAAGUGCAUCAGUAGAAAGGCCUAGCGGUCUGCUUCCAAAAAAUCAGCCAUUGAAAACCUUAUGGAGCACAGUCUACGUAUGGGGUCGCCGUGUGUUGGAAUUGACUUGACGGCAACUGUUGUUGUUUUUUAAAUUCUAUUUCAUGUUAAAUUUUAUUCUAAAAAGCAACUGGAAAUAAAUUCUCAUGCAUCAGGUUGAACAACUGUGAUCAUGACUUUUCUUUUCUUUAAUGCUCUGCUUAUUUUGCUGUACUUCUAAUGGGUGAUUGAUGUAUUUUCUUUCUUUAGUUCAGAAUUUCCUGCAGUUUACAAAAUUCCCUGCCUAUAAUGUGUAUGGUGGAAAUAACACUUAAUUGGGCUAAGUGACAUUUCAUUUUUUCUUCUAGAAAAACAUCUCUGUUUCUGGAUAAGUAAAUAAGGUUAAAAACUUCCAAACCUAAUCUUUUUUUUUUUUAAUUUCUUGAAUAAUUUUUCUGCACUUCUAAGAGUCCAAGUUCAAAACCUGGCCCCAUGAACUCCAUAACCUACUGCUGUCUGGCCAUCCUCACCAGUGACGUCUCUCAGGUGUCAAAUCCAUCCCCUCUUUUCUGACAUUGGUUGAAUAUUUACUAUCUUGAUUUUGUUUUUCUUGUUCUUGCAUGAAGAUCAAAUGAAUUCCCUGAACUACAUACAACUGCUCUUUGGGGACAAUGGAUGGGAAGGUAUUUGGUAGCAGAGAGGAUGCCACCAGAAUGUAGCUAUUUAGUGAAGACAAUUUAUAGGACAGUUCAUUUUUUUUUUUCACUUUAAGGAUUAACUUUCUGAUGUCAUUACCAAGUGCUGGACUUUUAAAAACCCCAUGUGUGGCCCCAUUUUGACCACGUUUUAUUAUUCUUUGUUUGUGGUGAAUGACCAGCUUUAUUGUUCAGAAGAUGAUCCAGGUGAUGGUUCCUUCUGAUGACUGUCAGUCAGGUUUGGAGCCUUGAAGUGGUUGACAGACGGUGAAGCAUUCAUUACACACCUUAUCCCAUCCCUGCCCAGUCUCUCAGCUGUACCAACUAAGGGAUCUUGGUAGAGAAGAGGAAAAGCAAGAGCAAGAGAUACAAGCUGGGCGUGCUGCUCACCCCUGGUCUGUGGAGGCUGACCACUCCUGUCUGAAGUUCGAGGUCUGGGAGGGUGUUGUCAUUACUGCUCUUGGUUAGAGCUGUAGGUCUGGAGUGCUUCGUAUCUACCCUUGUGGCUGCCCUUCACGUUAAGCAUGACCCAUUAAGCAAGUAGUUAAGCUGCCCAUUUUUUCACCUCCUUUUUGCUUCAUAUGCCUUCUAGAGACAUUUUCUGAAUAAAACCAUAUACAGCUGUUUUUUUGUGGGUAGUUUUAAACAUGUCCUUGAUCUCUUGGGAAUUUUACUUGUGAAUAUCUAAAGUUGCCAUUUAUGAUAGGCAAAAUCAACUCCAUUUCAACCUUCUUUUUCUUUCAGAUAACAAAUUUUUCUCUUAUAUUAACAAGAUGAAGCCUUUAAGUAAAAAGAGGUUUUUUUUUUUUUUCUUAAAACAGGAAAAAAGCUGUAGAAGCAUCAACAACAAAAUAACCCUCAAAGCAACUUUCCUUUUCUACAGCUUUAAAACCCAAAACCAAACCUGGGUCCAACUGUCAAGUUUUUGAGUGGUGAGAUGUUUGAAAAUCUUGGCUAAAAGACACUAAGAUCAAAAAGAUGAUGGUAUUUUAUGAUGGGAAGUAUUAGCCCCAGUUCUUUCUAAAAUGGUCAUGCCACAGAACAUGGGAGGCUUUUUGAAGUGUGUUUCACUCCGUCUCUUGGUUCACUGUUUGGGCCCCUAAAGGGAUCUUCACAUAAGUCUGUGAUUACAGGAGCAAAAUCAGCUUUUAGACAAGAUGGAAGUCACACUGGCCCCUGCUCUUUGAUGUAGGGGAGAAGGUGGAAUGCGUACGGGGGACGAAGUAGUGCUUCUUAAGUCUUGGUUUUUAUUUUGAGUGCCUGCCUUAAAACGGUAGGAAUCUGUUCUCUUACUGUGAGGCAGAAUGCCCUGUGGUUACGUAUAUAGCCAUUGCGAGGCAGACCUACAGUCAGAUUUUGCCUCAGUCUCCUCCUAGUUGUGUGACUGUGGGCGAAUUGCUUCAUCUUUGUGCCUCAAUUUCCUCUGUAGAAUAGGGCAAGUACAAGCUCCAGCUUCAUAGAGUGGCUUUAAGGAUUAAAGAAUUUACACAUAUAGGGUGCUUAAAACUGCAUGAUAAGUCUCAAUACAUAUAUUAUCAUUAAUAAUAGUUUUAUUUAUUCUGCAUUAAAUAUUUCAUUUUUCCAGUUUGCAGAAUUUCUCAAAGUCAAAAUGUGAACCUGUUAUUUAAGAGAGUCUUUCAACAAGUGGUCAUUAGCAAUCAAUGAAAUUAAAAUCUCAUUUUAAAAAAGCAAAGAAGAUCAUGUUUAUUUGGGGGUUCUUUGGAGAUCUCAGUAUUCUUCGUGUGGCUUAUGCAGGACUCCUUGUCACUCGGCUUAGUGCAGAAUGAGCUUUGAUUGUGAAAACUUGAGAAUUUCAGCCAACUGGGGCUACUGCUGCCAUGCCUUUCCCAGCAUCUGAUUAGAAUUUCUGGAUUAUCUCCUUAAUGAUCUGUUUUAUUAAAUAGUUGGACAGCCAUGAACAGAAUAACCAACCCAUCCCAACCCUUUGCCAUCAAGUCGUUUCCAACUCAUAGUGACCCUGUAGGACAAGAGUAGAACUGCCCCAUAGGGUUUCCAAGGAGUGCCUGGUGGAUUCAAACUUCCAGCCUUUUGGUUAGCAGCUGAACUCUUAACCACCACACCACCAGGGUUUCCAUGAACAGAAUAGACCAGUGCAAAAGAGAAAGAUUGUUUAUCUUUUGUCUUAGGAUUAGCAUAUCUUUAUUUUUUUCAUGAAUAUUCUGCGGGCUUCCAUAGUUAACUUUUCUAAACAUGCUCUUCCACCAUUGAAGUUUCUAUGAAGAGGAUUGAUGUUAUCACAGUGUAAGAAGUUUACAGAAUAUAUGCAUCCUCAGUCUUCUCACAGUUGGGUAAUCUAAGCCUUUAAUCCUCUUCUUAACACCCUAAAAGUAUAAGAUUAUGAUAAACCUAAGAAAGGGGAAGGGAGGACGUUGGUUUUUACUGAAACUACAACGGGGUUGGGGAACUGCAUUUUCUUCUGUGUGUGUCUGGGGUUUUGAACCAUGAAUCAACUUUAGUUGCAACUCACAGCUUUUUAUUUGAUUUCUUCCAACAGGAAGGAAAAGCCAAAUUUGCCCAGAGUUAAUGAGAUCCUGCUACCUUCAGUAGCAUCGGAAUAAGCAGUGCUGACUUGUUCUCUGUGAGGCUGCAUGUACAGCCCUCAGUCUUGUUUGCCCUUUUCACUGCUGUCAAACAUUCUUCUGAUUUUUAUUCCUUACUGCAUUAUUGAUUAUCAUCCCCGAGUCAGCAUCUCUUUUCUGGCUACUCUUCUGUAUUUUGAUUGCUUCUGACUCCUCUUCAUACUCAGACUCAUUACUGCACAUCUCAUGAACCUCUUCUCCAAUCCUUAUGGAAACGGCUCCCUUCCUGAAGAUCCCCAACAUCUUUAUUUACAUAGAUAGCAAACUACCUGCGCCUCAUAAUGACUGCACAGUGUUUCUGUCUUGUUUAUUCCCUUGCCAGAAAUGUUUUGUUUGUCUCCCUCUGUUUUCUAUUCCCCAAACCAGUGUGACAUCUAUUCCACUUGUUUUUUACCUGUUACCUAUCAUAAAAGUCUACAUCAACUUGUUGUGCUCAGGCAUCUAAGGCUGAAAGUAAAUUGGUGUGUACCCCCUCUUAUCUAUAAGGGUGGGAACAGAAAUCUGAAAUGCAAAUAGUUUUACUGUGCUUCAUAUAUAUGUGAGGAACUUAUCUGACCCCUUCAUGAAUAAAUAAUACAUUUCUGAAAGUUUGAUAACCUUCUAGUUCGGAAGUUCCAAUAUCAUUGCAAGGAUCAAAGCAAGAAUUGCAGUGGUUGCUUGUCACAUUGUUUUUGUUUUGUUUCGUUAAGUAUACACUGAUUUAGGCCCCCUCCGAUCCUUAGAUGGAGCCCUGGUGGCACAGUGGUUAAGUGCUCAGCUGCUAAGAUCAGCAGUUCAAACUCACCAGCCACUCUGUGGGAGAAAGAUGUGGCAGUCUACUUCCAUAACGAUUACAGCCUUGGAAACCCUAUGAGGCAACUCUACUCUGCCCUGUGUGUAGUGUUGCUAUGAGUUGGAAUUGAUUUGACAGCAAUGGGUUUCAGGUUUUUGGUUUUUUUUUCCGAUCCUUAGGGACUGAGCACAUCCUCACUGUAGGCUGUCUUAUUUCCCCAGCCAUUCUUUCAAAUAUUUUCUAAUAAUAACAACAAAAAAAUCUUUUCGAUAAUUAUCUUGACUGUGGUUGGUUUUGAGGACCAUGUUCCUGAGGUGUACAUUUAAGAUUAUCUCUGUUCCUUCCCACCCCAAACAAGGUUGUAAUUUCUAAGAAAUUGGGUGGUUACGCAAGCAGGUGGUGCUGGCCAUGCAUGCACAGCAGGCAGAUUCCUACCUGGGGAAACAUUGGUGGGAUGAAGACUUAGAAAAACUCUGACUGUGGACCCUGUGAACUACUUAUUUACCACACUCAGUAUUUCCUUCCUCCUUAUGUACUGUGUUUUGUAUAAUGAAUAAACCAGAAGGGCAAGCCCAUUACAUCAGUGAAUCUUAGGCUACUAAGAAUUUUUAAAUGUGCGGUUGCUUUCAAGCUCUUGUUGUUUUAUAGUCUUAGGGCAUUUUUAUCCUGAAAACACCUUCUUAUGGCUUGCAGAAGCUGAAUGAAUGCUCUUCUUCCCUAAAGCAUGCAAGUUAAUACUUAUUAAUAGUAAUGAUGCACUUGUGGAGUCCUUUCUGAGGCUGUAUCUGACUAUUCAGAGAACAUUUUCUUCCCCCUUCAGUUAAUGUCAUGCACCCACUAAGGGUUUAGUAAGGUUAUUGGCUUCAUUAAGAUACACUGCCACGUAAUAAAGUCAUAGCCAGUGUACUAUAGGAAUAGGUAAUGAAGAAAUACUGGAACUUCCUUCUGGUGGUGUUGUUAGGUGCCUUCCAGUCAUUUCCGACUCAUAGUGACCCAUUGUACAACAGAAAGAAACACCGUCUGGUCCUGUGCCAUCCUCAUAAUUGUUAUGCUUGAGCCCAUUCUUGCAGCCACUGUGUUAAUCCAUCUUGUCGAGGGUCUUCCUAUUUUUUGCUGAUCUGCUUUUCCAAGCAUGAUGUCCUUCUCCAGGGACUGGUCCCUCCUGAUAAUAUGCACAAAAUAUGUGAAACAGAGUCUUGCCAUCUUUGCUUCUAAUGAGCAUUCUUGCUGUAUGUCUUCCAAGACAGUUUUCUUUGUUCUUCUGGUAGUCCAUGGUAUAUUCAAUAUUCUUUGCGAACACUGUAAUUCAGAGGCAUCGAUUCUUCUUUCAUCUUCCUUAUUCAUUGUCCAGCUUUCACAUGCGUAUGAGGCAAUGGACAAUGCCAUGGCUUGUGUUGUGGCGUCUUAGUCCUUAAAGUGACAUCUUUGCUUUUUAGCAGUUUAAAGAGAUCUUUUGCAGCAGACUUGCCCAUUGCAAUGUGUUGUUUGAUUCCCAGACUGCUGCUUCCAUGGGUGUUGAUUGUGGGUCCAAGUGAAAUGAAAUCCUUUGCAACUUCAGUCUUUUCUCCGUUUAUCACAAUGUUGCUUAUUGGUCCAGUUGUGAGGAUUUUUGUUUUCUUUAUGUUGAAGUGUAAUCCAUACUGAAGGUGUGGUCUUCGAUCUUCAAGUUCUCUUCACUUUCAGGAAGCAAGGCUGUGUCAUUUGCAUAUGACAGUCAGCCCUGACCUUGUUCUGACUGAUGAUAUUGAGAUUUUCCAUCGUCCCUUUCCACAGAUGUAGUCAGUUUGAUUCGUUUGUAUUCCAUCUGUCAAGGUCCACAUGUUUAGUCACUGUGUAUGUUGUUGAAAAAAGGUAUUUGCAAUGAAGAAGUCAUAGGUCUUGCAAAAUUCUAUCAUGCAGUCUCCAGCAUUGUUUCUGUCACCAAGGUCAUAUUUUCUACCUACUGAUCCUUCUUAUUUGUUUCCAGCUUUCUCAUUCCCAUCACCAGUAAUUAUCAAUGCAUCUUGAUUGCAUGUUUGAUCAAUUUUAGGUUGCCGAAGUUGGUAAAAAUCUUCUAUUUCUUCAUUUUUGGCCUUAGUGUUUGGUGUGUAAAUUUGAAUAAUAGUCGUAUUAACCGUUCUUCCCUGUAGACAUAUGGAUAUUAUGCUGUCACUCACAGCAUUGUACUUCAGGGUAGAUCUUGAGAUGUUCUUUUUGACAGUGAAUGUGACGCCAUUACUCUUUAAGUUGUCAUCCCCUGCAUAGUAGCCCAUGUGGUUAUCUGAUUCAAAGUGGCCAAUACCAGUCCAUUUCAGCUCAUUAAUGCCUAGACUAUUGAUGUUUAUGCAUUCCAUUUCAUUUUUGAUGGCUUCCAAUUUCCCUAGAUUCAUACUUUGUACAUUUCACAUUCCAAAUAUUAAUGGAUGUUUGCAGCUGUUUCUUCUCAUUUUGAGUCAUGCCAUAUCAGCAAAUGAAGGUCCUGAAAGCUUGACUUCAUCCAUGUCAUUAAGGUCAGCUCUACUUAGAGGAGUCAGCUAUUCCUCACUUGUGUUUUGAGUGCCUUCCAACCUGAGGGGCUCAUCUUUCGGCAUUGUUUCAGAUAGUGUUCUGCUGCUAUUUAUAAGGCUUUCACUGGCCAGUUUUUUCAAACGUAGACUGCCAGGUCCUUCUUUCUAGUCUUUCUUAGCCUGGAAACUCUGCUGAAACUUGGCCACCAAGAGCGACCUUGCUGGUAUUCGAAAAACUGGUGGCAAGGCUUCCAGUAUCACAGCAACACAAGAGUCACCAUAGUAGGACAAACUGACAGACACAUGGUGUAGACAAUUUCAAAUACAGGAUAGAUAAGUUCCUCUUGAUCUUAAAUGACACACAGACAGUCCUGCCUAGAGAAGGCUGGUCUCAAGAACUCCUGGACAUCCCUUCUAACUUCAGGUCAUAUUAUAAGCCACUCUUUAUGCCUAACUUUAUUCAUGCAGUGUUUGUGAAACAAACAAAUGUAGAAGAAAAAAAUUCAGAAGUUUUUCAACCGAAAAUUGUUUUUUUUUUCCCAAUGUUAUUUUUAUCUUCUUUGCAAUACCUCUUUCUUUUGCAUUACCCUGGUGGCCAGAGAACAGCAUCAGGAAAGAAAAAUGAAUUCCCUGAUAGUGGUUUCUUAUCUGUUCAAUUAGGGCAACUAACAUGGUGAGAUACAGUGCUUUCUCAAUUAAUGAAUCAUCUUGGGAAAAAAGCUCCUCUACAUAAGGCUAGAUUCAUUAAAACUACACCCUACACACACAGGCUUCUUAAAAUAUAUGAGGCAGAGCUGCCCGCAUGAGACCAGGUGUUUUAAUACCUGCUUUUAUCUGUCUUAAUCCAGGCAAUGUACUUUAUUACUAUUAUUUUUUUAUGUUCUUUAUAAGAACGCCAUUUUACAUGGACAGUAAAUAUGAAGACUGGCAAUACAUGUAUAAAGCUUUUCUUUUGAAAAUGUACAGAGAAGUUAUUUGACAUAUUUAUUGAUACGCUCAAUUUGUUUUUUAUUGUUUUAUUGUGGUAGAAAUAUGUAUAUAACAAAACAUUUCCCAAUUCAAUGUUUUUUACAUGUACAGUUCAGUGAGAUUGAUUACAGUCAUCAAGUUGUGCAGCCAUCACCACUGUCCAUUUCCAGUCUAUUCCAUCAUCAUUAACAGAAACUUAGAGCCCUCUAAGCAGUGACUCUUUGUUUUUCCCUCCCUGCCACCCCAUGUAAUAAGUAAUAAACUUUAUUGUUGUUGUUGUGUGGCAUCGAGUCCAUUCUAACUCAUAGCAGCCACAUAGGAUAGAGUAGAACUGCCCCAUGGGAUUUUCUAGGCUGUAAUUUUUAUGAGAGCAGAUCACCAGGUCUUUUCUCCCAAGGAGCAGCUGAUGAGUUCAAACCACAGACCUUUUGGUUAGCAGCCAAGCCCUUAAUCAUUGCACCAUCAAGGCUUCUUAAUAAACUUUUGUCUCUAUAUAUUUGCCUAUUCUAGAUAUUUCAUAUAAGUGGAAUCAUACAAUAUUUAUCCUUUUGUUUCGAUUUGUUCUUUACUGCAGAUCAUUAUGUAUAAUAAUAAGCAAGUCACAUGACUUAAAAAUAUGAUUACUUUUACAAAGCCAAACCAAAAUUUUAGAUUUUUUCUCCAUUUAAUAUAGUAUGAAUGUUUUCCAGAAUCUACAGUUAACAUUGUCAUUAUUAACUGGUGUGGUGUUUAAAACCCUUUUCCUACAAGAUAAAGUCCAGAUUCCUUAGUAGACAAGGCCCUGUUGUCCAGGCCUCUGCCGGUUUUCCCACUUGAAUUUCUCAUAGCCCCCCAAAUCCCAAUCUCCACUCUAGCCAUGUUGAAGCACUUCUUUGCAAUUCUCAAACUUGUACUGCUCCUGUCUUUCACCUGCUCUUUGUCUGGAAUGCUCCGCUUUACUUAACAAACUCCCAUUCUUCUUUCAAGACUUGGAUUAAAUACCUCCUCUUCCUGGAAUCCUACCCAGAACUCCCCAGGCAGUUUCCUCAGUGCUGUCAUUGCACCUGGGUCCUACCCCUUCAACAGCACUCAUGGUUUUGGUGCUGUAGUCAUUUGUUUGUGAAUAUGUCAGCACAGUAGGCAUGACAAGGUUGUGUUAAUUGUGUUUGUAUCUCCCCAACAGCUAGCGGAUACACCAGCUUAAACUACACGCUUUAUAUAUUGGUACACAUACCUGCUUUUAAAAGAAAAAAAAAAAAGGUCCUGGCUCUUAAAUUUCCUUUUAUACAACAUCUUCCACCUCCCUCAUGUUAAAUAGUUUACCUUGUUGCUAGAGAUACUUUAUGACCUGCUCAGGCGGUUUUCUUAUACUUGAUCCAGACCAAUCCACCAGGGAUGGUGGAAAAAUCAGGGGCAGGUUAAUAUUAUUUUGAGAACAGUCUAAAGCAUUGCAACUCAAAGUGUGAUCCAUGGUCUGGUUUGUGCCACGAUGUCAGUCAACUACUUUACUAAAACUAAGCACACCAUAUAUUGCAGGCUGACUUUUUUUUUUUUUGGUAGCAAGACUUUUUCAAUGAAGGAAACAUUGAAUUGAUUUUCUUUCUAGUGCGCCUUCCUUACCUCAUGGAAGCAAACAUUUCAGUGAUGCGCUACUUUGAGUUUCACUUGUCUGAAGCAUAGGGAAGUAAUUUUCCAAAGCUUCAUACUAAGUAUUCUAAACAGGAUAAGAUUUCAGUUUAUUUUAAAUUGAUUUGUUAUUAUUAAAGAGUCGAAUUAUACAACCUUGCUCUGUAACCUAUAGUGGCUGAUAAAUAUUUUACAUGCUUUGAAAUAUACCAUAAAUAAAGACUAACCUAAGAAAUUAAAAGAGAAGAGAUAUCCUUCUCUGGGACAUUGUCACAUAACGUAAAGAAAGGCCCAGCUCCCUCCUUUUUCCCAUGUGGGCUGGCCACAUGAGUGAGAAGUGUUUCUGCUUAGAAGGCUGCCACGAUGU